UUGUGCAGUUUUCAAUUGUGUGCGUAAUUGCGUGACGGAAGUUCUGAAAAAUUUACAAAACUACGACAAUUCAAAUCGCAGUAAAGCAAUAAAUAUUAUAAAAUGGGUUCUAGAAACGAAUGUCGCAUUUAUGUUGGAAAUCUGCCGCCAGAUAUUCGCACCAAGGAUAUCCAAGAUCUUUUCCACAAGUUUGGCAAAGUAACAUUUGUCGAUUUGAAGAAUCGGCGUGGUCCGCCAUUUGCUUUUGUUGAAUUCGAAGACGCGCGAGAUGCCGAUGAUGCAGUUAAGGCUCGCGAUGGAUAUGACUAUGAUGGGUAUCGCCUUCGUGUUGAGUUUCCUCGCGGAGGCGGUCCAGGCAGCUAUCGCGGCAACAAUCGCAACGACCGCAGCCGCGAUGGUGGUGGAAGGAUGGGUGGCCGUGGACCACCAGCUAAACGUUCACAAUAUCGCGUAAUGGUGACGGGGCUGCCUGGAUCUGGUUCAUGGCAAGACCUUAAGGAUCACAUGCGUGAAGCGGGAGACGUUUGUUUUGCUGACACCUACAAGGAUGGCUCUGGAGUUGUAGAGUUCUUGCGUCACGAGGACAUGAAGUACGCCAUUAAGAAGCUGGACGAUUCUCGUUUCCGCUCACAUGAGGGAGAAGUCGCCUAUAUACGGGUGCGCGAAGACAGCGGUGAUAAUGAACGCGGUGGUGGGGGUGGCGGAGGAGGCGGUGGAAGCCGCGAUUAUCGUGAUAGGUCGCGUUCACGUUCGUUCUCAUCCCGACCACGUCGGCGCGGCACACCAACAUAUUCCCCAGUGCGUCGUCAAUCCUAUUCCAGGUCUCGCUCACGCUCUAAUUACUAAAUUAUACAAUCAUUAUCCAUUAAUCUAAAAAUUUCUUACGAGCAGGAAAAAUUAGGAAACACAAACUAUAACUAACUAUCAAGAACCAUCAAUUCCCGCCCCAUUAAUAAUUACACUUACUGUUUGUUUAAUUAUGCAAGAAAACUGAUUGUCAAGUGAUUGAUUGCUAGAUCAAGCAAUUAAUAAUCAAUAUACAACCUGAACUCAAGACUGGAGAAAUCCGUUGCGAAUUGAAAAUUAGGAAUGCAGGCAGCAGUAAUAUUUGCUUCACUUUUACUGCAAAGAAAAUUUUCUUAAAUUAUUCAAAUGCAUACAAAAAAUACAAAAACAUAUUUGACAAAUUUAAUUUAAAACAAUAAUUAUAAUUCUAGGGCAAACAUUGUAACAUUUGGUUGCAUAUUUUAUUAGAAUUUAUUUCCCUUCAAACUUAACAAAAAAGAAACCGCAUCUAAUAUUAAUAAAAUAUAUAUGUAAAACAAAUGAAAUGAAUAAGAAUCAGAACACAACAAUUUUUAUUGCGAACAAUUUUACAAAUUAUUAAUAUUUCAUUUUAUUUUCUUCUCUUCCCAAUUUUUGCGCGUUUAUGUUUGGAGUAUAAUGAGGAUUGUUGGAGAAGGAGGAAGGAUAAGGAUGAGGAUGAGGAGAAAGGAUAAUUUUGAUAAUGAUGAUGUGAAGUGUAAUGUGGAUUUGGAAAAAAAAUUGGUUGUGGUGUCAGGAUAUUUGGAAAGCGUAAAUUGUGUGUUAUAUAAAUAAUAUAUCAGGAAACAAAAGGAUUUGGA